AUGAAAGGGAAGUUUAAGUCCUUUCAUGAGAAAAUAUACCAACUGCUUCUAGCCUCUAAGGCAUCCUCUUCUGAAGCUUACUCAAAAGAAACGAUUAAGUCUUUGUUCCAACGAAUCACUAAGGAACAUGCAGAGAAUGAUGCGCAGAUGAACAAGGCAGUGUCUGAGUCUACUGAAGUUUGCAAAUCUACGACCGAAAAAGUAGAUAAACUAAUCUCUGGAACAACCACUUUCAUGGAGAAUUACCAAACCACCUACAACAACAACACUGCAUUUGUGAAUGAAGCUCUUCAAAACUUGGGUGCUAUGUUCAUAACUAAGAAGAAAAACUUGGAGAAGAUUCACACUGGCUUGCAGCAGGAUCAUGCCUCAUUUCAAACAUCCCUCACUUUGCAAAUUACAAUGCUUCAGGAUGAUUUGGCGAUGGAGAGUAAGAUUAUGAAUGGUCUUGCCAGAAAUACAAAAAAGGUCAAGGUGUUAGCUUUUAAGCUUCAACAUUUUGAGAAAAAGGUCAAGGAUCUGCUAUCUGAGAGGGUGGUUGUGCGAAGCUGCAUUUCCAAUGUCACUAUCUUGCUCUCAGAUAUAAUUGAGACCAGGGACUCAAUGAUUUCUGUCAUUGUUCACAAACACUUGGCUGAAAAAUUAAGACCUAUAUUCACAAUGUCGCACCAUCUGCAGGGUGUUUCUCCUCAAAGUUCUGAUCAGAAACAAGGGGGAUAA